GGAGAGUGAAUGCAUAUAUAAGAAGGCGGUGGUUUGUUUGAUCUCCCGCGAGGAACAAGAUAUAUCAACUCGGCGAUUCAAUUUCCGACGCCGGAAACAUGAUCCGCACCGCUCCCGGCGGAGCUGCCACCGCCUACGCCAGGCUACCGUACGGCCAGACAUUCUUCCAGAAUCCGACGGGGCGUUGUUCUGAUGGCCUACUGAUGAUCGAUUAUAUCGCAAUCGCUGCUGGGCUUCCUCUUCUUCCACCGUAUAAAAACACCGGAGCAGACUUGACGCGAGGGGUGAACUUUGCGGUGGCUGGCGCCACUGCAUUGCCGGCGGGGGCCUUGGCUGCAAGAGGCAUAGUUUCUCCGGCGACGGCGGCUUCUCUUAGUGUCCAAUUGGAUUGGAUGUCUUCUUAUUUCAAUUCCACUUGCUUCGACGAAAGUGAUUGUACCGAUAGGCUUGAAACAGCCCUGUUCAUGGUCGGUGAAAUAGGCGGGAACGAUUACAACUACGCAAUCUUUCAAGGGAAGUCGAUGGACGAAGUUAGGAGCAUGGUGCCGGAAGUUGUCGCGGCGAUCCUAAAGGCUGCUAAGAAAGUGAUUGAAUUCGGGGCGACAAGAAUAGUGAUCCCCGGAAACUUCCCCAUCGGGUGUUUCCCGAUAUACAAAACUGCGUUCCAAAGCAACAUCCCGGAAGCAUACGACGAGAAGCAAUGCCUAAAGCAUUUGAACAAAUUUGCAAUGUACCACAACGAAGAGCUGCGGAAAGGCAUCGCGGAGCUCAGACAAGAAUACAUCUAUGAUCAAAUUGUCUAUGGAGAUUACUACAACGCCUUCGAAUAUGUCCUUGAAGUGGCCGGGCAGCGCGGAUUGGAUACACAACGAGCGUGUUGUGGGCAAGGAGGAAUGUAUAAUUUCGAAAUGGGAAGGAUGUGUGGAGCCGUUGGUGUUCCAGUUUGUCCGAAUCCGGAGAAAUACGUGAGUUGGGAUGGAGUGCAUUUGACACAAGAAGCCUACAAGAUCAUGGCUCAAUGGUUGCUUAGUGACAUCUUCGCCAACCUUCGUUGCACUCGUUAACUGCGUUUCAAAAGUUUUCAAAAAAAUCUAUGUAAAUAAAAUCUUGAUUUCUCCAUGUUUCUUAUAGUACAUUUAUGGCAUUUUUUAUAACGAGUUAGACGUGGUGUGAAGAUGAUGAACUCGUGACUGUGUGAGUCGAACUUAGUUUGCAAACUAUUAGAUUCGGCAACGGAUUCUCACGUUAUCCCAAAGAAAUACUACUAUGCGGGUAAAUAAUGUAAAAAAUUCAAGACUUUUGAAUGGACAAAAAUUUGCAAAUUUGAAGCUUUAGUUUAUUAUCUGUGUAUAAAAUUUUAGCAAAAGUGAUCAAUCGGAUCGGAUGAAAA